AUGGUCGAGCUCCGUAAACGCCCUCCUCCAAAGGAAACGGCGACGCCGGCACCAGCGGCCAAACGAGGUGGCGCCAUCAAGAAACUGGCGGAGAAGGCAAAGAAUGCCAUCUCUUCCAAGGGUGCUGGCGGGCAGAAGAAGGCUGCCGCUGCCCCUGUCCCUGCGGCGCCCGCCCCAGAAGCGAACGGCAGCGCAGGCAAAGACGCGAAAAUUGCUGUCGGGGACACCAUCGCUCUCGACGGGUUUGGAGGCACAGUUCAGACCCAUGACGGCACUAGCGUGACGUUCAAGGAGUUGCUGGACAAGAGUGGCAACGGUGUCGCUCUGUUCACCUACCCCAGGGCGAGUACGCCGGGUUGCACCAAUCAAGCUUGUCUCUUCCGCGACAACUACGAUGCCAUUACUGGCGCCUCGUUGUCAGUGUUCGGCCUCAGCACCGACAGUCCCAAGGCCAACACCACCUUUGCUGUUAAACAAAAGCUGCCUUAUCAACUCUUGUGCGAUCCUAACGCCACAUUGACAUCCGCUAUCGGCAUGAAGAAACCUGGUCCGGGUAAGUCAACUACACGAGGCGUCGUGGUCAUCGACAAACAAGGUAUUGUCCGUGUCUGGGAACAGGCCGGUCCCGCAAAAACUUUGGAUGCUGUGCUCGAAUAUAUCAAGACGUCAGGGCCAACCCAGACCGGCGAGACAGCAGUUGCGGAUGCACCUCCGGCUGAGGUCCCCGUUGUAUCCGUAGACGAGGUCAAGUCGGACGAUCCUGUCGCACCAGAGAACAAGCUUGAAUUGGCGGAUCCCGACACCAAAAUGGACGAGGUUCCCUUGAUCACGACUCCGUCCAGGGAGGAACAGGAGGCUGCCACUACUGCAGCUGAGGUCGGUGAGACUGCAGCCAAAAUUGAUGCUGCUGUCGGUGAGCUCAAGUCUUAA